UACACUUGGCAGCAUAAAUAAUAAAAAAUUUUAAAAAGCCUUGCUGAUUUGUUCUUAUCCUGAAGUUUAAGUCCUGAUUUCACUCCAGCUAACAGAGGGGUUCUUCCACUCCUGUUCACACCACUCCUCCUUCCUUCCUUCCAUCCAUCCUUCCUUCCUUGCCUCCUCCAGUCUUUGUCCGCCUCCCUGCUUCGGCCCACUGCUGCGCACUGAGACGCUUCUAAUCCUCUUUUGAUGAACUUGGUUAAUGGAGCUCCUGCAGAGACUUUGGCUCUGUUCACUGAGCAGCACACGACCUUCUCCAGAUCCUGUCCGGGGUGUCCGCUGCCUCUCAUAGCAGCUGGGACAGGCUCCAGCCCCCCCGCGACCCUGUCCACGCCCCCGGAGAAGCUCCAAGCAAUCUCGUGGCUCUCCAGUCCAUAAAUUCUGCCCUGGAAGUUGAGGAGUGUGAAGUUGAUGAGGAAGAGGAGCAGCGAUGCCGCCGCGUAAAAGUCUGUUCGCGCCUUUCAUCUCGGUGGCCCCGGAGGGAGGAGUUGGCCCCACGGCCCCGGAGGCUCUCCGCGCGGACAUCCACGCUCUGCUGCAGCGGAGCACUGCUCAAGAACUACACGGGACAGAGCGCACAAGGGACGCCCACGACUACCGUGACCCUCCGUGUGCCAUCGUGGAGCUCCGACUGGGCCCCGCCGGCGGAGCGCUGCACUACCUCCAGCCGGACAAGUGCGCACUGGAGCGGGCACAGAGACGGCGGCGCCUCGCCGCUAACGCCCGGGAGAGGAGGAGGAUGCUGGGACUGAACGUCGCCUUCGACCGGCUCCGCAGCGUCAUCCCCAACCUGGAGAGCGACAAGAAGCUCUCCAAAUCCGAGACGCUCCAAAUGGCGCAGAUUUACAUCGCCACGCUGAGCGAGCUGCUCCAAGAGGGCACGCGCGGAGACGCAAACACUGGAGCGGCUGCACCCUCACAGCCCGCCGUGGACAGCCGCAGAGGUCAGGAGCGCGCAGAAGAGCACAGGAUAAGGACCAGCGAGAGACAACGCGCGCGCCUGAGCGACAUUUAAAGACAGAAACUUCUUCACUACUGACUUUCCUCCUCUUCUCAGAUUUUUUCUCGUAAUUAUUUGUUAAAAUAAAGUAAAAAGUUGCCUGAAAUGCGGGUUUUCAGUUUUAUUUCCACACAAGGUUUCAGAUAUUGGUAAAGUUUGGGAUCCAUGAACAACCUUCUAAAGACAAGAAAUUAUCAUGCAACAUCCAUCA